UUCACCUUGGAUCGGAAACGCGUUCCUCGAGGCUCAAACGUCAUGAGCUCUCAUGUUGGCUUUGACGAGGUCCUGACAACGGGCUGGAAUGAAGCCUUGGCUGAGCGACUCGGUCUAUAUACCGGAGAAGAUGCCGUGUGUAUACAAGGCUAUAAAGGCGAUCCGGAUCGUCGAAUAGGCCUUGUUGCAACUUUUCGUACGCCUGCAAAUCUUGGGUCUAUUUCUGACACCAUAAAGCGCGAGUUCGGACAGUGGGACGCUGUACAUGGUGCAGAUGUGGAGAACGAGGACGACAUGGCACAGCCCAUCACUGUCGUUGCCAUCAUAAAUGCUUUCCACCCCGAGGAAGUCCAAAGAGUCACUGAAGCCGCACUAUCAAAAGGCUGGAUCUCGGACAUCGAGCAGGGAGACAGCAUAGUCUAUCUGACUGGUCAGGCAAGAGAGCCCGGGCUUACCGCUGCAUUGGAGAAGAAGAUGAAAGUCUUUUGUGUCGGUCAUCGAAGUUGUGAGGAGUGGGGUAUUAAAUACCUGGCUUCUGAACUUAGGCGGGAGUUUCCAAUGGUUGAUGUCCUCGAAGUGUAUGAGGACGAGGAGCCGCGAGAGCAGAGAAAACCGAAGGCUGACCUGAAGAGGAAUGAUCCUCCCUCGUCAGUGCAUAUGCCAGAGCAGAAGCGUAGACAGGAAGAUGGCGUUGAUAUCGACCAGACUCCGGAUCGGCCAUAAACAAUUGUCUCGAAUAU